UUCUCUUCUUUUGCAAUUAUCUUCACCUUUUUUUCUGAGAGAGUUACUCCUAAAUAUCUGACAGUGUUUAAUUAAAUUGUUGUCUCUAAUCAAACGUCUCUUUUUGGACUGAUUUUUUAUGAUUAGUUUUAAAUAAGGCUUGCUAUUUGAUUUAAAAUUCAUAAAUUAAGUACUGAAUCAUGGGAUUUACAUUUGCGGCCUUUUCUUAUGUAUUUGCCUUAAUUUUGGAUGCUUUCCUCAUAUUUUUUGCAGUUUUUCAUGUAAUAGCGUUUGAUGAACUCAAGACUGAUUUCAAAAAUCCAAUCGAUCAAUGUAAUACUCUCAAUCCAUUAGUAUUACCUGAAUAUAUAAUUCAUAUCACAUUCAAUGUGCUUUUCUUGUUUGCUGGUGAAUGGUUCACAGUUUUAAUUAAUAUUCCUCUUAUUGCUUACCACGUUUACAGAUACAUUCAUAGACCAGCUGGAAUGAGUGGACCCGGUUUAUAUGAUCCAACAACCAUCAUGAACGCUGACCAAAUGAGUCGAGCGACGAGGGAGGGAUGGUUCAAACUAGCUUAUUAUCUCUUAUCCUUCUUUUAUUAUCUAUACGGGAUGAUAUCAUCUCUCAUAGCAGUUUGAUCUGGAUAUAUUUUUUAGGCAUUUUUAAAUAAACCAAAAACCAACUAAAAUAACAUCAAUUAUUGAAUAUAUUUGUAUUUUAAACUUCGAAUGUCCUGUCAGCUAAGUUUUAAAAAUUAAAAAAUGAUUUGGUCACUAUACAUUUCUCACAAAAGCCAAUAGCGGUAAAUUUACCCUAGUAAACGGAAUCCUCUUAACAAUUAACGAAAUAAUCUACGUAUUGAAUAAAGUGAUUCUUUUACUUAAA